UGUUUGAUUAAAAAUUUGAAAUCCGUAUGAAUGAAGCCCUCGAAUGUGGAAGCUGGGCUCACCUUGUGUAUGGUGUUUGUCAUGAAGUAGGCGUGGAUAAGUUGGCGAUUUGGCCAAAAAUUGGUAGGCGGCGGUAAUGAGAACUUCUAAGGAGGGUGAAGGAGUGGUUGGAAGCAAAAGGAGGUUGCAAUUAAACCAGUAAGGGAAAAGGCAAGGCACCUGAACAGGAAGAAACACCAAGGACUAGGAGGUACACAGCCAGGGAGAAGGGAAAGGCCAAGGUAAUGGAUAGUGACGAAGUGUUAAAGGUCAUGGCUGAUUCCGGCCAACGCGACGUAAAGGACGUCGUCGGGAUCCACACGGUACGUAAAAGGGCUGAAAGCCUUGUCUUCCCCCACCUUCUAGCAGCUGUGUCCAGGAACGGGGAUGAAGCUAUAGGUGGAAUAGACUUCAACCCUAAAUGGCCGUACCUCACACCUCUCAAGAUAGUUAGUGCAAGACGCUUCAGGAAAGAGGCGUACUGUUUUUUAUAUUACUUACUAGAUUCGUAUAAGAUGGGUUUUAGUUUUAACUUAAACAAACAAAAAAUCAUCCUUAAAUGCAUGGAAAAUGAUCUUUUCUACCGCUACCUUGUCAAAUUCUUUGAGAUUUUCAAGCCCUUGAAAGGGUGGUUGGAUGAGGUCAAUUACAGGUUACAGGUACAUGAGACAGAGUCGGGUCCAUUCGGCCUACUAGUGCUUGGUCGGAAAUACAUGGGCUUUAAAGAAAGGGAGACCAUGUUCGAGUGGAUGAAUUUCGAAAACGAGGAUCUUUUUUACUACCUCUCUUACGAUGAAGACAACUACCUCCAUUUCAAGAACGAAAUGAUAGAUCUGAAUGGGUUGGAGACGAUGAGUGAGUUGGAUUUACUCCUUGAAAACCCUUUUUACUCUACGCAUAACUACCCUGCUCAUUACGAUAAGCAGAUGGAAAUGGCCUUCGCUUGGAGAUGUUCUAAGAUAUAUUAUCACGACGAGGACAUGGUCUACUUUCACCCUGACUCAGCUGAUGAGUACGAUAGUUCUAACAGCGACGCAAGUGAAGAAAUUUGAUGCUAAUUGGUACCUACACUUCGCUAAUAUGGGUACCAAAUGAUGCGGUUUGGGAUACACAAACAUUACGUAAUGGGUGUGUCCUCGGUAAGUUUAUGUUUUUUAUUCUAAAAGUGUUAUUACUUUAGCCCUAGGUUUGCAAAAUUCUCCCAAAAGCUUGUAUUUUUUGGUCGUUUUC